AUGAACCCUUCCGUUCCACCUUCAGCUGCCGAAUACGGCGGAGACGAGGUCUCCGCCAUUGUCCUCGACCCCGGGUUUUCGACAACGCGCGCCGGUUUUGCAGGAGAGGACACGCCAAAGUCUCUGAUCCCGACGUACUACGGCAAAUAUACCUACGAAGGACAAGAAAAGCUCAUCUACGGCGAUGAUAUCUACGUCACGCCCCGCCCGGGCCUCUCCAUCCACAACCCCAUGGGCAGGGAUGGCAUCGUAGAGGACUGGGACAUGGCGGAGAAAGUGUGGGAAUACUCGUUCACGUCGCGACUGACGGGCCCGAAGCCCGGAAACCCCUUCAUGAACGGCCUCAACGAUGUCCCGGAGGGGGAGAUGCCCACUGAGAUGGAGGGCGUGGAGUCCAACGAGAAGCCACUCGCCGACAGUCCACUGCUGAUGACCGAGUGCGGCUGGAACCCGUCCAAGGCGCGCGAGAAGACCAUCGAAAUCGCCAUGGAGAAAUGGGGUACGCCGGCGUUUUAUCUGGCGCGGAACGGUGUGCUUGCAGCUUUUGCGUCCGGAAAGGCCUCUGCGCUCGUCAUCGAUGUCGGAGCUUCCAAUAUAUCCGUCACCCCGGUGCACGACGGCAUGAUCCUGAAACGGGGCGUCCAGCACUCCCCGCUGGGCGGCGACUACAUCUCCUCGCAGAUUCGCGCCCUGUUCAAGUCCAACAACCCGCAGCCCAUCACCAUCACCCCGCACUACCUCAUUGCCUCGAAAACGGCCGUCGACGCCGGCCAGCCGCCCCAGGUCAAGCUCAAGACGUUCCCGCCCGAGAAAGAACCCGACGCGUCCUACCGCGCGCUGCUGGAGGAGCGCACGCUGUCCGAGUUCAAGGAGUGCGUGGUGCAGGUGUGGCCAGGCCCCAACAAACUCUUUGGCCCGGGCCUGAACGGCGUACCCAACGAAGAGGCCGCAAAGACCACCCCGGCCCGGCCCUUCGAAUUCCCCGACGGAUACAACCAGCUCUUUGGCGCGGAACGCUACCGCAUCGUGGAGUCGCUCUUCGACGCAAAGGCCGCCAUCCCCGACCCCGAGUCCUCCUUCCCUGCGCCCACCCCGGCGCAGACCAUCCCCGAGCUGAUCAAGGCCGCGCUCAAUGGCGUCGACGUCGACAUUCGCCCGCAUCUGCUGGCCAACGUCGUCGUCACCGGCGCCUCCAGCCUCCUCCACGGCUUCACCGAUCGCUUGAACCAGGAGCUCAUGCAGACGUAUCCCGGUCCGCGGGUGCGCAUCUCCGCCCCAGGGAAUACCGCCGAGCGGCGCUUUGGCUCUUGGAUCGGUGGAAGUAUCCUCGCCAGUCUGGGGACGUUCCAUCAGAUGUGGAUCUCUAAGAAAGAGUACGAGGAGCAUGGUGCGAACAUUGUCGAGAAGCGCUGCAAGUAG